CCUAAAUCGACAGGCGUUCCUUGCAUGAUCGAGUAGCCUGGGACGUGCACAUGUUCGAUGCAUUGCUCUGAAGAAAACCAGACUCCGACUCCGACAGCAGAUAAAUCGUCAGUUCCAAAGCCAAAAAUCAUGCCAAAUAUCAAGAUAUUCGGAGGGAAUUCGCACCCUGUMAUUGCCAGACUGAUAGCCGAGCGAUUGGGUUUCGAUCUUGGCAAAAGUGUGCUCAAAAAGUUCUCUAAUAAAGAAACAAGUGUUGAGAUAGCAGAGUCUGUGAGAGGGGAAGAUGUUUACAUUAUUCAAAGUGGUUGUGGAGAUAUCAAUGACAAUUUGAUGGAGUUGCUUAUCAUGAUUAAUGCAUGUAAAAUUGCAUCAGCCCAAAGAGUGACGGCUGUCAUCCCAUGUUUYCCAUAUGCAAGACAAGACAAAAAAGACAAGAGCCGUGCACCAAUUUCUGCCAAACUUGUUGCAAACAUGCUAUCUGUAUCAGGAGCAGAUCACAUUAUAACCAUGGACCUCCAUGCAUCUCAAAUCCAGGGUUUCUUUGAUAUACCAGUUGAYAAUCUUUAUGCUGAGCCUGCAGUACUCAAAUGGAUCAAAGAAAAUGUUAGUGAUUGGCAAGACGCUGUGAUUGUUUCUCCUGACGCAGGAGGUGCAAAGAGAGUAACAUCCAUUGCUGAUCAUCUGAAUUGUGGAUUUGCUUUAAUUCACAAAGAGCGCAAAGUAGCCAACGAAGUGGCUAGUAUGGUUUURGUUGGUGAUGUUUCUGGAAGAACUGCUGUUCUUGUUGAUGACAUGGCUGACACUUGUGGAACGCUGACACUUGCUGCAUCUAAGCUGCAAGAAGCGGGAGCAUCACGGGUUGUWGCGAUCUGCACGCAUGGAAUUUUCUCAGGACCUGCAUUAAAACGACUCGAAGCAAGUGCAAUUGAGAUGGUAGCUGUCACUAAUUCGAUUCCACAAAGAGAGAAGAUGGAGGAUUGCAGUAAGAUCAAGUUAAUUGAUGUUUCAAUGAUYCUCGCUGAAGCAAUACGAAGAACACACAAUGGAGAGUCUGUCUCGUACCUCUUCACACACGUCCCUCUUUGAGGACACCRAGAUGCUUUCAAAGACCAACAACAACAUUGAUUUAAUACGAACUUAUAGUAACGAGCUUUAAUCGUGGACUGAUCAACGAUGUGAAGAGCGAUACUAGUCCAGAACUGGACCCAAUUUUUUCAAUAAUUGUACAAUAUAAAACGAAUAACGCACGCGCGCAGAUCAAAGAAAUAGUAGCGYGCGGAUAGUGCAGGAAAAUCUUUAGCGCGCGCUUUGGAUUUUUAACUUUAACAUAUAAUAUUAURGUAAUUGAGAAAAGAGGGUCCAGUUCUGGACUAGAGCAAACGCAGGAAAACCAUGAAAUAAAAUCAAAGUAAAUACUAACAAACAGCGGCUAU